CACUGGGUGGACUUCAAGCUGGGGAGGUACGCGGACGCGAGUGAGGCGCUGUCGUUCAUCCUGGAAGACGCGCCUGGUCUCGCCAGCCUCUUCCAGACCGGAUGCGACGAGGAGGCCAUGAUGAGGCCCCCGGCAUUCGUGGACGGGGCAGACGACGGCGACGACGCCCUGUCGCCGCAGGACUUCUUCCUCGACGGGGGCGCGCAGCGACUGGACGUGCGAGAGCUGCUCCGCCGCGGCGCCUCCAUGGGCGGGCGACUGCGAUCGAAGCCCGAGUUGCUGGCGGUCCACGUGCCCCAGAGGUGGGAGCGGGGCGACGGCACGGCGCUCUUCCUCGGCGGCUGCGACAUCGCGCCCUACUGGGGUGACCUCCCGGAGGUGGCUCUGAGGGCGGGGGAGGAAGACGUCGCGCACCGCCUGCGCGCCUACGUGCAGUACAUCCUGCCCGAGGGAUCGGAAGCCGUCCCAUCCCACUUCCUGAGUGACCCCCAGGGCCACUUCGUGGCUCACUUCGAGGAGGACGGGAGCUGGUACACUGCAGACGACCUGGGCGAUCGGCCGCACGUGGUCCAGUGGGCGCCUGGCACCGAGCACAAGAUACCUUGCAUGAUCUUCCUUGAGAAGGCGUGCCCGUGGCCGCCCGGGCCGGUCGUCGACGGCGCGGAGGGCGCGGGCGGCGACGGCGACGGCGACGCGGACGGCGAGGACAGCCCCGGCCUCGACGGGGAGUGCGACGAGGAGGAGGACGGGGCCGGCGACGCUGGCGUGCCGGGCGCGCGGAAGCGGCCCGCGGCGUCCACGAGGAGCGGCGCCCCUGCCAAGAAGCGGCUCCGCCUCCGAGGGAAACAGAGCGCUGCUGGACGGCAGCAGAGCCGCGCUGGGAGGCAGCAGAGCCGCGCUGGGAGGCAGCAGCAGCAGAGCCGCGCCGGGAGGCAGCAGAGCCGCGCUGGGAGGCAGCAGCAGCAGAGCCGCGCUGGGAGGCAGCAGGCCAGGGAGGAUCAGAAGCGCGGUUGCAAGCCGGAGGAGGUACUGCGACAGGGGCGGAAGCCGAAGAGCAAGGGCGACAACGCCGACGGAUCCAGACAGGACGCCCAGAACCACGCCGCCGCCCCUGUCCUCCGCAGCAGCAGGGAGGCGAAGAGCUUGCAGACCGCCAGCGAGGAGCGCCGGUUGUGUGGGGAUCUCUUCCUGCUCCUGCACUUGCUGGAGCCGCUGGUCGCUGCCGAUGACCUGCUGAAGCAUUACCCUGACUUCUUCGUCUACGCGGUCGACGACUGCACCCGCCGAUGGGCGACGUUCCUGCAGGCACCCGAUCGACCCGACAAGUUGGCCGGGAGACUGCGGGAAGCGCUCGGGGUCACGGAGAACGAGAUUUCCGACGCCAAGCGCCGACUGGAGAGCGGGGAGUGGCACGUGCACCACGUCGCGGAGCUCCUGGACGAGCGCCUGGGCUCCGCCCACGGCGCCCCCUCCGUGGCGGCCGCGGCCCGCCUGGCGGCGAGCGACGCGUCGGCCGCGCUGGGCGACGGCAACCCGCUGAGGGCGCACCUCGCGGAGGCGUGGCAGCGCAGACCCUGCAACCGCGGCCCUCCCCGGCACGCCGCCAUGCCUGCGCGCCUUCGGGAUCGCUCUGACUGGUUCCAGUGCCCCGCGCCUGCGCUGCAUUAUGCCUGCCGCAUGUGCGAGGCCGAGUUCCCCAACAGGGAGGCGUGCAAGGCGCACCAGGGCAGAGUCCACGGGGGGCAGCGGUGGUACCUGUCGCAGUAUGUGGCGCGGUGCGAGCUGGAGCCCUACCAGCCGUCGCCGACCGAGGAGCGUCAGGUGGUUGCCAGGUUCCACAUUUCCCAGUGCUGCGCCACCGUCGACCCCGUGGACGAGCCGUUCGUCCCGAAGCCUGAACCGGAGGUGCAGAAGCAGCUGCUCCACGCGGAGAUCAUCGGCAGGAUCGCCGGCAAGAUCGGGCAGGGGGGGCCCGCGGAGGAGAUCUCCCUGCAGGCGGCCGGCGCGGCGGAGUCGGCAGCCCGCGCUCAGGCGGCGUGCCAGGCGAGGGAGCCCCGCGCUUUCCAGGCCUGCGUCUGCUGCGCCAUGCAGCAGUGGUCCGAGAACCUCCACUCGGAGUACCUGGUCGGCGACAAGUGCACCAUAAAGGACCGGGCCCAGUUCGCGGACUGCCUGUCGGCCGAGUGGUAUCACCAACGAUGGCCCCUCAUACCGCGCGACGAGCUGAUGUCGUCGGCCGUGAACUUUCCCCACGACGACUGCGAGGGCUCGCCGACGUCCACGAAGAUACUCUUGCACAAGAGGCGCGUGCCGCCCGAGGCGCUCGAAGGGAAGGUGCCGGUGAAAGUCUGCGACGAUUGCCGGAAAGUCCUGUGGUCUGAUCACCCCAAGGUGCCGCUCAUGGCGCUGGUGAACGACCUCUGGCUGGGCCGCCACCACCCGCUGCUCAGGAAGGCCGCUCUCGCGCACCAGUUGCUGCUCGCGCUCGGCCGCGUCGUGUCCACGAAGAUCUACCUGUCCAGCAAGGGCGCCGACAAGGCCGUCCGGCAGGAGCAGCAGUCGUGGAGGCAGAAGUUCUUGCAGUACGCCAUGCAGGGCACCGCCAUCGUGUUCGGGAACGGGAACGUGGACCACGCGAUACGGAGCUUCCCGCCGGAGCCCGACAUGCUCAGGGACACGUUCGUGGCCGUCUUCGCGGGCGCCGACGACGACGAGGAGGGCGCCCCCCUGACCGAGGAGCAGAAGCAGGAGAGGGCCUUGAGAGCCAUGAGGGAGGAGGUGGCGCUGCACGUCGACAAGGCGGAGUACGACGCCCAGGCGCGGUUGUUGAAGCAGCACAACUACGUGUACAAUGACCCGGGCGUGCAGUACCGAUCGGACCUCGUGGACCGGUUCCCCCCGCAGCCGGGCGUGCCCGACUUCAUGCUGGCCUGCGCGAAGUAUGUCCCCACGGACGCGGCGCUGGACGACGUCGCGCAGGCGCAGGGUCCCGCGUCGGCCACCACGGGUGCGCAGGCAGAGAUGAGCGCGGCCGCCGAGGACGCGCAGGAGCUGACCAAGUGGCUGUCCGUCCUCGAGGACCACAUGGACGACGUCAGCGAGCUCACGUCCCUGCCGGCGCUCCAGGGCAUGCUCGAGAGGAUGGAGAGUCAGGCGGGUCGCGUGGUGGCCAACGAGCUGAUGUCCAGACUCGAGGACCAGGGAGGCGAUGAUAGGGCGCUGCAGCUGGACGAGAUCGGGCGUUGCCGCCUGCGGGACCUCUGCCAGGAGUUCCACGCGCGCUGUCGGAAGAUCUCCCCGGGGGAGGACAUGGCGAAGCUGCACUGGCGCGUCCAGGCGCUGGAGACCAACAACUGUCAGGCGGAGGAGGGCGCGGGCGACUUGGCGCGAUCUGCAGGAGUCGCGGGGACUCCCGCCGAGGACGAUCCGCGCUCCUUGCAGGGACCGCCCGGCCCAGACGGCCAGCGGAAGGCGAGGCUUCGGGUGCCCACUUCGAGGAAGGCGGAGAGCUGGUGGAAUCCGAAGUACUGGUCGAUUGCCAGGCCCACGGACUUCUGCUACGGGGACUGCGCCUGGGGCCUCGGCCAGCUCCCCCCAGACGGAGAUGAGGACCCGCAGAGGCAGAAGGAGGCUCGGCUCUGCUUCAGCGUGGCGCACUUCAUCAAUAAUCUUCUCACGCGGGAGGAGAUGGAGUACGAUGUGCCUUCGGACGAGGAGAAGUACGUGGCCAGGCCCAUCAGUCGUUUCCGGAGCUGCUGGUACGACGUGCACCUGCUGUGCUCCUUCUGGAGAGUCACGGAGAGUCUCGGUGUAGGUGCUGUUGGUCGUCUCCGGGAGACGACCAACAGCACCUACACCUUCAUGAAGACGCCCGGGGCGUUCGGGGCCGCUCGCGCCUGCGCGGACAUCACGCCAGAGAUGAUCGAGGAGGUGCAGCUCAGGGCGCAGCAGACGGGCGGGAAGGCCACGCUGCACGGCAUCCUCAAGGACAAGGACACCCCGAACGAGGUGCGCAAGGCCUUCGCCACCCUGGGCCAGGCCACUGCCGGCCAAGUCGGGUCCGACGGACACAGGCGGGAGCUGCGCGGAGAGGGCGAGGCGCAUACCCUGCGCUUCGGCCCGCCCGUCCAGUUCGUCACCCCGAAUCUGGCAGACACCAAACAGCCCCUGAUCCUGAUCGUGCAGGGGGAGGAGUACACCUUCGACAACGACCUGACCGAGGCGGAGCAAGUCACGUUCAGCGAGAUGUCGCAGCGCAUCACCGCGGACCCCGUGGGCCAGGCCGUGGUGUUCGAGCUGAUGAUGAGGCUGUUCUUCGUCCACGUCCUCGGCCUGCGCCCGGAGACCGUCGGGUGGCGGCGAGGAGAAGUCCGAAAGGCUUCGGAGCACUGGAUAUCCGACGGCGUGGCGGCCGACCUCAUGGGUGUGCCCACGGUGUUCGGCCCCCUCGCGGCGGCCUUCGGCCCGGUCGAGGCUCAGGGCCGCGGCUCGCUGCACCCUCACAUCCUCAUCUGGCUGCUGCAGGGUCAGCUGCUCGUGCUCUUGGACAUGCUGCAGCGCGACGAGGCGCGCUUCCAGGAGCGCUUGAACCUGUGGAUGCGGCAGGUGGUGCAGGCCGUGGUCGCCACUCAGCAGAGCGCCGUGGAGCUGCUGCCCCUGCAGCUGCAGGGGGGCGAGAACAAGUGCGGGGUCACGGUGCCGCCGCUGCCGUUCGGGCCCAACGAGAAGCGGCACUUCCGGGCCGACGGGGGCGCGGAGAUGGCGACUGCAGAGCAGCUCGGGGACGGAGGCGAGACGGAGCCGCAGGAGCUGUGGUUCUACGAGCCCAAGGUAGACGACUACCACAGGGCGAUUCGCCCCGAUCUGCCGCUGCGCAACAACGGCGGCGAGAUCGUGGGGUACUGGCGGCGGCCGCUCUCCAGCAGCGCCUCCGGCAUCUUCCCGAGGUACCGCGGCGGGGGCACCCUGGCGAAGUCUCUCCCGAGCGAGGAGUGGAUUCGCGAGAUGUGCCGCGACGUGCGCGAGCUCGUCAUCGGCUGCGGCAUCCACGUCUGCAGCCCCUCUUGCUACAAGUACAAGUACCAUUCCGACAGGACGCGCGGCUCGCAGAUCUGCCGCCACAACUUCUACAACCUGGUGACAUUGUGCACGUGGACCGAGGGUGAGGACUCCCGAGAGUGCCGACUCCGCACGCGCGGGAAGGCGCUGCGCGGCUGCAUCGGCAUAUUCCGGGAGACGGACUACGGCAUGGCCGGACGCAUCGUCACCUUCCAGCUCCACCCCGGGGAGACCUCCACGAAGUACGCGGCACUCGUCGCGGCGCGGUGCAACGUGGGCGUGCAGGACAUGAGACGGGCGCUGCCCCCGCGCCUGUGGAUGGAUGCGUCGGAGCUGGAACCGCCGGCGAACGAGGAGGACCGCAAGAGCUACAACCAUGGCCUCUACCCUCAGCGCUACGCCGACUUCUCGGUGGGCGCCCGGGAGGACUGGGGAUGGUUCCAGCAUCUGAACACCACGCCCGCGGAGAAGUGGGACCUCGUCGUAGUCACCGACUGGCACGGGAUCUACAGGACACUCGCGAACCGCGACAGCCCCGCCGUGGACAGUGGCGACGCUGCGCGCGCCGAUCUCCAGCGCGACCUGGAGCGGCACGCGCUGGCCACCUUCGUGGGCGCCCACAACACGAGCUACUACGUCAACUCGUACACCACGAAGGUGAACCCCAGCAUGGACGACGUGCUUUGCAAGCUCCUUGACGGCGUGCGCCGCCUGAAGAGCCAGUGGGACGACAAGGAGGCGCAGGCCGCGGGCGACGCCGGCGACGAGGCCCAGUCGACAGCCGCAGGAAAGCGCAAGGAGGAUUUCAAGCGCACGCUGCAGGUGCUGGCCCGCUUCGAGACCUGCUUCCGCAGGGCCUCCUGGAAGAGCGGCAGCGAGAUGGUCUUCCCCAUGCUCUUCGGGCACCUCUCCUUCAUGACGCACCGUUGCUGGAAGGUGUUCAUGCGGAAAUCCAUCUACCUCGCCGCGGAGUCCUGGCGCAGGCGGUACGGCCAGGCCGACACCGCGGAAAGCGCACCCGCCGCCUCGAUCACGUACGCGGUCCCCGGCACUGGACAGCAGGUCGCGAUGCCAGGGUGGCGCGAGGUGCAGCGCGAGGGCGAGACGGUGUACGUCAGCCCCGACGGCGAGGAGUUCGACACGAUCGAGUACGCGCACCAGGCGUUCCAGAUCGCGAGCGCCAGCGGCAGCUCGCUGCGCGACGUGACGAAGGCGCUGAACAAGUUGCGGGAAGGCGAGGCCGAAGAGGUGCCCGAGGCACCGGGGCCGACUGUCGAGGGCCUCGCGCAGGGCAAGUUCAGGGGCGCAGUGCUGAGCCAGCACGACGACUGGAUGCACCGCGGAGACCACCCUAUUGUCCGAGACAUGAGCUUGUACGUCUACAGCAUCUGGGUGUACCGCGUGGAACUGCCGCUGCAUGCCCUUCCGUCCGGGGAGCUGGAUCCCGAGGGCAGCGGGGGUCGCACCCUGCACGUCGACAUCGCCUUCGACUCCUCCUACUCGGCGGCGCGGAACUGGACGCAGAGGCUGGCCGUCGAGCCGCGCAUCCCGAAGGCCGAAGGCUUCCAGUUCGUGAGCGCGGAGUCGAACGUGGAGACGCACUACCUCAUGAAGUCGGUGCUGCUCCGGCCAGUGCACCUGCCGGACGCCGACGGCCCCAACGACACGAAGGAGCUGCGCUACCUCCGCGCGUACGAGCACCUGUGCGCGGCGCCGGAGGGCGAGCCG